GAAAGAUACUACGUGUCACGCCUAAGUAAUUUGUAUAGCUAGGUUGUUAAUCUAAACCUGACAUUGAAUAAAUAUAAUAAAAAGCUGACUGUUAUCACGAAUGCUUUAUUAAAAAACACACUCUCGUAAAUAUAACGAAAAAUAUAGACUUAAAAUGGAUAGCCAACUUUGUUUUUUGCUGUUAGGUGUCGUGCUUUUUUCGGAUUUAACGCUUGUUAAAUCAGAGGAGACUAGGAUAAAUACAAAACUAGGAACUGUAGUUGGAGAAGCAGAAUUCGUUGAGUUUAAUGGUGAGAUUAAACCUAUUGUUCGCUUUCUGGGAAUUCCUUACGCUAAACCUCCUAUUGGUGAGAGACGGUUUGCUAAACCAGAACCUUAUGGGAACUUCAGAUCACUACACAACGCAACUUAUCACCGAGCACACUGCAUGCAGACACAGCUCUCCUUCCAAUACAUUCAAGAAUAUAAACAAGACGAGGAUUGUUUGUAUCUUAAUAUUUACAUUCCGGGGAAUUACAGUUACACUUCACAGAAUCUUCCUGUAUUAAUGUAUAUACACGGGGGAGGAUUUCUAGAUGGCGGCGCUGAUAUCUAUGUCGGUGAUACUCUAAGUGCUUUCCAUGACGUUAUCAUUGUUACAAUAAAUUACCGUCUGAAUGUAUUUGGUUUCCUUAGUGAUGGAACGGGCGAAUUAUUGGGUAAUUUUGGUCUGUGGGACAUGAAACUUGCCAUACAGUGGGUGCAUGACAAUAUAGAUGACUAUGGUGGGGAUCCAACUAGAGUAACAUUGUUCGGACAAUCAGCCGGUGGCGCAGCCGUCAUGUACCAGGCCAUAAACCCUAGUAAUAGAGGUCUCAUUCAACGGGUGGUAGCACAGAGUGGAAGUAUAUUCGGCUACUGGGCAUAUCAGAAGAAACCAGUUAGUACGUUUGAUUGGUACGUGAAGCAUGUUGGAUGUGCUAAUAGAUAUUUCUCUGAAAUCAUGAAAUGCCUCAGACAGAAACCAGCAAGUGAUCUUAAAAUACCGGAGAAUGAUUACACGCUCCAGUUCGUGCCGAAUAUUGAUUCUGAUUUUCUACCCGAGUCUCCCGAGUCAUUAUCAAAAAUGAAUACAAAAGCUGGAAAAGAUGCAAUGAAAUUCUUCUCAGAAAUAGACUUCUUAAACGGUGUGACGAGUGAUGAUGGGAAUUUCGCAAGAGCAUAUUGGGCAGCAAGAAUGAUGGCUGAAAAUAUAGAGACUGACAUGAAUGUUACUGCAGGUGUCCCAAAGUCUUUCCUCACAGAUGUCUACAUUCCAGAGAAGCUGUCUGGUAUGUAUGAUACUGUGCCGGAGAUUCUUAAACGGUCCGUGGUGUUCAAGUACACUGACUGGGAGAAUGACACGGAUCCGUUUCUUGUACGAGGACAAUUACUUCAGUUUGAAUCAGACGUUGUUUUCUUUGUACCAGCAUCAACUUCAUCAAGGGUACAUCAACGAUCAAUAGGAAACUCUUCAACAUCAGGACGCAGUUACUUUUAUGUUUUCGACCACAAACCAAGCUUUGCCCCGAAUCCCGAAUGGUUAAAAGGUGCAACGCACGUAAUGGACUUGGCUUAUAUAUUUGGAUUUCCGGAACCUUUUCAGUCCAAGUUGAUGAAGGAUUACGAAGCUGUUAAUCCAUUCACAGUUAAACAAGAAGAUUAUAUCUUCUCUAAAGUAAUGAUGACAUUCUGGAGCAAUUUUGCAAAGUCAGGUAAUCCUAACUUACCUGUAUCUAACGAUGAUGUUGGUAUACCAGUGUGGCCUCAAUACAACCUACAAGAUCAAACAUAUUUUAUUAUAUCAACGAAUAUGACUGAACAGUCCGUGCAACAUCACUUUGAUGCCGCCAAUGUUGCGUUCUGGGAAGACGUGGUUCCAUUGUUAACAGAUUGUGACAAUAAUAAUAUAAUAUCGUCUGCAUCGACUCUAUACUUUCAUUCUCUACUUCUCUGUGCUGUUAUAAUGCUGUGCUUAUUUAAAUAGAAAAUAAUAUUUGAUAUAUUAGCUCUUUAUACUUAAUCAGUGACUUGUAUUUAAAUGUUAUAAUUUUAGUGAACUUUCGUCAUCAUUGUGUCUUAAUGUUUUCUAAAUAAGCUUGUGAUUAAAGUGAUAUAUAACUUGCAUUCUUUGGUUAUAAAAUACAUUUAGCUCAAAUAAUGUUAACUAGUACCACAUUAUGUUUAAAAUCACAAUAAAAAAUGUUGUAUUUUUGCAGAAAAAGUAAAGUAUAAACUAAAAGUUCUGUUUUAUAAUGUUGUAGAAAUGAAUUUAGAACUUUGCUUAUCACCUCAAGAAAACAUUGAUUAUGAAUGUGAAAUAACUAAAGACAACAAUACAAUCAUUUUGACAUUCAAACUAGAACAUCAAAUCACUUUAGCUGUACUGAUUGCCAAAACACACACACACACGCACCAACACACACGCGCGCGCGCACGCAAACACGCGCGCGCGCACACACACACGCACGCAAUCACACACACACGCAGCCAAAAGAUGGAUCAAUUAGGUAAUUGGCCAAUGUGUAACUUUUUUGAAAUUGUAUAGGACACAAAAAAUAUAAAGAGUAAUAUAGGGUCUUUUUAUUAAUAAUAUAAUGCUUCUGAAAAAUUUAAAUAAAAUGUGAUAAGUAUUUAACGAUAAGAAGGAUCUUUCAAUUUCGGUCAUAUGAUGUUAUAUUUGAAAAACAAAACAAAGAUAACUGUUGUUCAUAGAUAUUACUGAUUUCGUAUUGUAUAUGACUCUCACAACUUUUGUUCAAACUAAAAUACAACAACACUCAAUUCUUAUAAUCUUUAUAUUGUAGAAAAAAAUCUUUGUCAAAUAUGUUGUAAUAAAUUAAUGUAUACAUGUAAA